UUGAGUGACGCAGGAGAGCAGUGGGCGAUCGGAGCUGCACUGAUGUGCAACUAAAACCAAGAGUCAAGCGUCCCGAGUUUUAACAGAAUACUACCAUCUGCAAACAGAUGAGCGUCUGAAAUGCCCUUGCUUGCACUAAUGUGUUCGGUUACUACAUCCUUAACUUUACUCUGUUCUCUGCGCAUAAUCGAGAUCAUCUGUAGGGAGUCGAUAUUUACUGCUCCAGUAACGGAUUGAUCCCAAUUUCUCAUUCACAUUUUACGGCAUGACAUGUAGAUAAUCAUCCGAUACUUUGAUGGGGCUCCUGAGGAUCAUGAUGCCACCCAAGUUCCAGCUGCUGGCUGUUAUGGCGUUUGGAGUGGCGAUGCUGUUUAUUGAGAACCAGAUUCAGAAGCUGGAAGAGUCUCGGGCAAAGCUGGAGCGCACCAUGGCCAGACACGAGGUGCGAGAGGUGGAGCAGAGACAGACACGGGACGGCUUGCAGAGACGGACACGGGACGGCUUGCGGGACUCUCCUGCAUUGCCUGAGAUUGAGGAUCUGAUCAUCAUCUAUAACCGUGUGCCCAAGACUGCCAGCACCUCCUUCACCAACAUUGCAUAUGACCUGUGUGGAAAGAACCGUUUCCAUGUUCUCCACAUCAACACCACCAAGAAUAAUCCGGUCAUGUCCCUGCAGGAUCAGAUGAGGUUUGUAAGGAAUGUGACAUCCUGGCGAGAAAUGAAACCAGGUUUCUACCACGGCCAUGUCGCCUACCUGGACUUCACAAAGUUUGGAGUCAAGGGGAAGCCGGUUUACAUCAACAUUGUGCGGGACCCUAUCGAGAGGUUGGUGUCUUACUACUAUUUUCUCCGAUUUGGAGACGAUUAUCGGCCAGGUCUCAGGCGGAGAAAGCAGGGGGACAAAAAGACAUUUGAUGAGUGUGUGUCAUCAGGAGGUUCUGACUGCGCUCCUGAGAAGCUUUGGUUACAGAUCCCGUUCUUCUGUGGCCAUUACUCUGAGUGCUGGAAUGUUGGCAGUAGGUGGGCUCUCGAGCAGGCCAAGUAUAAUUUGGUGAAUGAGUAUCUGCUUGUGGGAGUGACUGAGGAGCUGGAGGAUUUUAUCAUGAUGCUCGAGGCAGCCCUGCCACGUUUCUUCAGAGGUGCGACUGAGCUGUACCGCACAGGUACUUGGUCAUCUUUUAAGAAUUAAAGGAAUAGUUCAAAAAAAAAAA